AUCACAUAGUACGAGUACUGACUGUUGCUUUUAAAUCUUUCAGUAAAUGUCAUUCAUAAUAAAGUGUCUCAUUGAUUCGUCUAAUGUUAGAGCUAACCGUUGUCUAAAUGGAUAUUUUGACAUUUGUGAAUCAAUUUUUAUUAGAGACUGAAAUUAUAACAGCUUGACCGCUUUAUUCAUUGAACCGUUUGGACUAAAUCUCAAGUUGAUAAUAUUAUGAUUUGAAUUGAAGAGGAGAAGAGCUGAAUGUGACGCGAAGAAAACGACUUGAUGACGAUAAAAAAAGAGAAUCAACAAAGAAGAGAAAUUCAGAUUAAAAAGAAGGAAAAGCAGCGCGACGUCCAAUUUAAUUUCGGUCAAUUAAAAACAUUAAAAGAAAAAACGAUGGCAAGACCAAUUUUGUGCACAGCACUUUUGAUUAUUGCCAUUACAAAUUACAUUGACAUUGUCGAAUCAUCGACUCGACAUGACAAUUUGAUAGAUAGAACGGAUCGACCAAUAAUUGGAGUGCUAGCGCAAGAGAUAUCAUGGAAAUUAGAUGCGAUAUGGCCAGGAGUCUAUAACAGUUAUAUAGCAGCAUCCUAUAUUAAAUUUGUUGAAGGUGGAGGAGCCAGAGCAGUGCCCAUUUGGAUUGGUAAACCUCGAUCGUACUAUGAGAUCAUGCUGAAAAAGCUUAAUGGCGUUUUGUUGCCCGGUGGUGGAACAUUGUUCAAUCAAAGUCAUGGCUAUUCCGAUGCUGGUAUACACAUAUACGAUAUUGCGAAACGCAUGAAUGACAAUGGCACAUAUCUUCCAUUGUUUGGAACAUGUCUAGGCUUUGAGUUAUUAUUAUUCGCAUCAAAUGAAAAUGAAGAAUAUCGAACCUAUUGUUCGUCGCAGCGACAAUCAUUGCCACUAAAUUUUACGAAAGAGUUCAAAGAUAGCCGAAUAUUUGGAACAGCACCAGAGCACAUAAUUAAUAUACUAAAAAAAGAACCAGUUACAUCCAAUUUUCAUUCGUAUUGCGUCACACCCAAGGAUAUGAUUGACUACGGUUUGGACAAAACAUGGAAGUCACUAUCAACUAAUUUAGAUGAAAAUGGAUUGGAAUUCAUUUCAAGUAUUGAACACAAACAUUACCCAUUCUACGGUGUACAAUUUCAUCCGGAGAAAAAUGUGUAUGAGUGGAUUCGAAAUCGAAAUAUUACACAUACUAUGGACUCAAUUAUAUCAUCGCAGUAUUUUGCUAUGUUUUUCAUCAACGAAUGCCGCAAGAAUGGAAAUCAUUUUAAUGGGCUAAAUGAAGAGAAUCAAGCGCUGAUUUAUAAUUUUCCGGUUACAUAUACCGGUAUCCAAAAUUCAACAUUCGUACAAACUUAUCUGUUCAAAUGUGAUGUAGACUAUCCAGAUAAUCGCAAAAAAAGAAAUUAUUACAAUGUACAUCUUGUUUAAUCGACGAUGACAACGUGCCAAAAUCAAAACAAUGAAUAUUCUAUUGAUGAUAUUUUGAUUUAAGAAUUUUAAUGAAUCUCCAAAUUAAACUUAAUUAAACACUCAA